AUGCCAACGCUGGGGACGAGCGAGAGAGCAAGCGGGCGGGCGGACCUACGCCGUCGACUGCGUCGUGGAGGCGCUCGUGGUCACAAUUACCACCUUCUCUUUCACUUCAACGAGGGAUGCCAAGAGCUAGACUCCCCAUUCCUUGCGACAAAGUGUGAGAUUUACGAGCUCGUGCCCUACCAAGGCGAGCUUCUAAUUCGAGUGUCACAGCGUUCGGUCACCCCAUGA